AUGUCACAAAUCUCUAUGACCCCGGAAGAAAUAUUAAAUGGACCAGCUCUGCAACCACCCCCAGGCCAUAAACCGAACUUCGAGCACCCUGCCAACCUUAACGCCGUAGCACAAUUUACCAACGCCAUAUGCCUAUGUUCAAUAACGCUCGUUACACUUAUCCGCGCGUACGCAAAGGUGUCUAAUCGAAAUAAACUAGAAAUCGAAGAUGGUGCGUUAUCUACCUGUUUUUCCACGUACAUACGAGAACCUGACGGAAGUUUAUGGUGCUCGUAUUAUGUAUUACAUAUGAUUGGUGCUUUCCCUCAUCAAUGGGAUGUGCGAUUGAGGGACCUCGCUCCGAUCUUUUACAUUCACCACCUCGGUUUCAAUUUUUGCGCUGCCACGUCGGGUCUUUGGAAGGCCGCUAUUCUCCUAGAAUGGAAUCGCAUCUUCGUCCCACGUGGUACCCGGAACUCAUUCUACUGGAUAGGCAACAUCCUGUUGGCGUUCAAUUCUAUAACUACAAUUGCUUACAUUACCGCUGAAAACAUGUCAUGUUUUCCAUAUAGGAAGAUUUGGGAUAAAACUAUUCUCGAAGGUUAUUGUAUCAACCAGAAAAUAUUUCAGAUUCCAGGGUGUUUUAUGAACACGAUAUACAUAGCGGCUGUUAUGGUUCUAACCCAGCGAACUAUUUGGCGUUUACAGGUCGCCACAAAGAAAAAGAUGGGAGUUUCUUUUUUAUUUCUCGUUGGUUUACUGGCUUUGGCAUCGUCAAUUGCUCGUGCGGUCGCAAUGAUCAAGUUUCUAGAUUCUGAUGAUAAAACAUACACGAUCAAUGGCGUAUAUCUUUGGACAUUGGCAGAGAAUACAUGCUGUUUCCUUGCCCUUUGUGCACCAUGGAUACCGAGAGCCUUUUCCAACACCGACUCAAUUCGUCGUAUCAUCGACAAAAUUGUCUUUUAUACCCGUAUUUCUAGAAGAAAUUCAAGACGGACGAGCAAAUCACAUACAUGGCCAUCUCAGCAGGUGCAUGUGGAACGUGAGCUAUGGGAUGCCGACAGGAUGUACCAUGGAAUGAGGGACGCAACGAUGCCAUUAGUCAAAUAUCCCUCAUUGUCGAGCCGAAACGAGCAGAGUGAUUUAGCUUUACCCAGUGAUGGUAUACUCAUGACGACGGAGAUUGUAGUCGCAAUAGACACUGUGGAUAGGAGGUCAUCUAGUCGCGAUUACCCUUGGAGUAACGCAUAA